UAUCUUUACAGUUGGAGAGCAGUUUGCAGUUAUAGAGCAUGGCUACAAAUCAUUAACAGUCACGUCCAGGAAUACUUCAAGUUUGUAACGGAUGCGACGCGUAGUGCUCGUGUCUUCAUCUUCUACCGCUGCAGUCCGUCCGUCGCCAUGGCUCAACAAGGUGCAACGCUGCAGAACUACAACAAUGAGCUGGUCAAGUGUAUUGAGGAUCUGCGUGAGAAGCGUGAGGAGGUGAAUCGUGCGAUGCUCAAGGAGGAGGAGGAGAAGGCCAAGAUCCAGAAAGACCUGACCAUCCUCACCGACAGACUCAGCAAGAUCAACGAAGCGCUGGCCAGGAAAACACAAGCGCGUAACGAGUACGAUCGCACCAUCCAGGAGACAGAGGCCGCCUACAUGAAGAUCCUCGAGAGCUCGCAGACUCUACUGCACGUACUUAAGCGCGAGACUGUGCAGCUCACCAAGAAGAAGCAGACGUCGUCGUAGCUCUUCAACUUGGCUACAACAGCUGCUUAAACGUUGAUAUAAACUAUAUGCAAACCACUCC